UAUUUGCUUUGUUGAGGCUCCUAAAAAAAUAUAUUAUGGCAAUGGAAGAAGGCAUGAUUGGAAUUGAGUACACAAAAGAUGGAACUAUUGAUCUUAAAGGAAAUUCUGUUCUCAGAUCCAAGACAGGUGGUUGGAAAGCUUGCUCAUUUCUUGUUGUGUAUGGGAUAUUUGAAAGAAUUGCUUAUUUUGGAAUAUCAUCAAAUUUGUUUGUGUAUUUGACAAAGAAGCUUCACCAAGGCACUGUCAUCUCUUCAAACAAUGUCAACAAUUGGGUUGGCACUGUUUUUAUGACUCCAAUAUUAGGUGCUUACAUUGCUGAUGCUCAUCUUGGUCGCUAUUGGACUUUUGUCAUUUCUGCCUUUAUUUAUUUAUCGGGUAUGUGUCUACUUACACUAUCUGUUUCCUUACCAAGCCUAAAGCCACCUAAAUGUCAUGAAAUGGAUGUUACAAAAUGCAAGGAAGCUUCCACACAAACACUAGUUGUGUUCUAUGUUGCACUCUACAUUAUAGCAGUGGGAACAGGUGGGACCAAACCCAACAUUUCAACCAUUGGUGCUGACCAGUUUGACGAUUUUGACCCUAAAGAAAAAUCACUUAAGCUCUCAUUCUUCAACUGGUGGAUGUCUUGCAUUGUCUUUGGGUCACUAUUUGCAUUCACAGUUAUAGUGUACAUUCAAGAUAAUGUGGGUUGGACUCUUGGUUAUGCUCUUCCAACUCUUGGACUUGCAAUAUCAAUCAUCACAUUCUUGGCAGGCACACCUUUUUAUAGACACAAAUUGAUUAAAGGGAGUCCAUUUAUUAGCAUGGCUAAGGUCAUUGUGGCAGCUAUAAGGAAAUUUGAUGCAGUUGUUCCUGAUGACCCUAAAGAAUUAUAUGAGCUUAGUUUGGAAGAGUAUACAAAGAAAGGAAAAUUCAGGAUUGAUCUCACUCAAACAUUCAAGUUCCUUAACAAGGCAUGUGUGGACACUGGUUCAAGUACUAGUAAUGAAUGGAUGUUAUGCACAAUAACACAAGUAGAGGAAACCAAACAAAUCCUUAGCUUAAUACCUAUUUGGGUUGCCACAUUUAUUCCAAGUGCAAUGAUUGCUCAAAUAAAUACCCUUUUCAUAAAACAAGGAACUACUCUUAACAGAUCCAUUGGCAACUUAAAAGUUCCUCCAGCAAGUUUAACUGCAUGUACAGUUUUGACCAUGAUUAUCACUUACAUAAUCUAUGAAAGACUCAUUGUCAAGAUUAUGCAAAAGUUGACCAAGAAUCCUAGAGGUAUUUCACUUCUUCAAAGAAUGAGCAUAGGGUUCAUAAUCCACAUAGUGAUAAUGACAGUUGCAUCCAUGAUUGAAAGACAUAGACUUAGUGUGGCCAAAAAACAUGAAGUUCCAUUAAGCAUAUUCAUUUUGCUACCACAAUUUAUACUUAUGGGAGUGGCUGAAGCACUUUUAGAGGGUGCAAAAAUGGAGUUUUUCUAUGAUCAAGCACCAGAAAGCAUGAAGAGUCUUGGAACAUCAUAUUCCUUAACUACUACUGGAAUUGGUAGUUUUCUCAGCACUUUUCUUCUCUCAACAGUUUCACAUGUCACUGAGAAACAUGGUGGUCGAGGGUGGAUUUUGAAUAACUUGAAUGCUUCUCAUCUUGAUUACUACUAUGCAUUUUUGGCCAUACUAAAUGUCUUGAACUUUGUCUUCUUUGUGGUUGUUUCAAAGUUCUAUGUGUCAAGAGCUGAAGUUUCUAACUCUCUAAAAGUUCUUGAAACAAAACUUACAGAGAAGAAAGCAAGUAGUAUCAACUGAUCGGAAAUCAGAAACGAGAAGAUUAUACUACAUCUUUGAUUAGUGGCGGAGUUAGACGGAAUUUUACGAAGGGGCAAAAUAUAAAUGUAAAAUAAAAUAAAAUUUUAUGACUCUUAGGUUGACAAUUUUCGUUGUCGACAAAAUUAUCUUGUAGUUACUAUAGAUAUUGAAAGUAUCAAAAUAAGGUUGACAAUUUUCGUUGUCGACAAAAUUAUCUUGUAGUUACUAUAGAUAUUCAAAGUAUCAAAA